AUGAGAGCCGCUCGACGCGCAGCUCCGCUCUGCUGCGCCGUGGGCACUGCAGGGGAGCUGGGAGGAUUUUCGAAGGCCACGCCGGCGCACUUGCAUCGCCACGAUGUUGCGCGACGCAAGCCAACCAGCAGUCAGUCCCAGGCUUCGGAUUUUGGCCACAGAAAGUGGAAUUUGCAGGCCGAGGCGGGCAGAGUCGAGUCGAGUUGGGCAAAGCAGAGGGGCGGAGGGCGCCAGCCAGCAGGAUGCACGCUCGUCUCGCUGCCCCCCUCCAGGCACGCUGACACGCACGCAUGCCCGCACGCUCGCGCCUUCGCCUUCUCUGAGUUUCGCGGGUCAGGGAGAGCGGUGUGCCAGUUGCGCUUCGUCGCCAUCACCCACGACCAUCAUCUUCAUCGACCCGAUCAUCCCUUGCCGUCGCUGUCGAUUCGUCCUCACCCGUCCUUCGACUCAUCGAUCCACCCUCGUUCCUCGUGGGUAUCAUCACCUCUCGUUCCACCUCGCGGACCGCCUGCGCACGCAUCUACCCAACGACUCUGCAAGCGGCGGCCACGAUCGUCUGGUCCAACUCUUUUGCUGACCUUGCCAACUCAUCUCGAUUUCUUCCAACCUCCGCGCGACCUCGUACUGCAGUAG